AACACUGAUGCCAAACUGGAUUCACUUCAUAUUGGUCCAGAACGACAGACAGAGAGAGAGGGAGGGAGGACAAUGUUUGAAAAUGUCCCAGCAGCGUCCUCAGCGGAGCGGCAGCAGGUUCUGGGAGCUCUGGAGCGACUGCAGGCCAAACUGCUGCAGAGGGAGGAGUGGACCCACAGUGAAACCAUGGGCAACCUGAGGGAGACCCUGCAGAGUCCCCUCUUCAGCCACAUCCUCACCCUGCAGCACUCCAUCAAACAGCUCCGCAGCCAGCUGAGCAGUAUGCCACCUGAAGCCUGCAGUGAGUUCAGUUUCUCCAAAAAGGGUCAGCUGAUCAUGAGCGCUGUUGAUCCAGUCGGCAGCUCCUCCUCCCUAAUGAGCACUGCCUUGUCUCCACCCAUCCGUCAGACUCCGCCCUCAUCUGAAUUCAACCUACAGAAAUGGAUCCUUGUUGCCGCAAAGGGCCUUCACAUAGAGGUGUGCCAGCUCACUCGGCCUCUGUCUGGAGGUCUGGGCUUCAGCGUGGUCGGUCUGAAUCCCGCAGGAAGCAGCAGUCAGGGCGUAUUCGUCAAACAGAUCCAGCAUGGAGGCAUCGCACACAGGGACGGGCGUCUCCAGGAGAGGGACCAGAUCCUGGUGAUUAACGGCAGUCCUCUGGAGCCGGGGAUCAGUCACCAGCAGGCCCUCGCCCUCCUGCAGCAGCCUGGAGAGACGGUGGAGCUGGUGGUGGCCAGGGACCGCCCACUCAAUGCAGCGUCAUCACAACCAGCCGCUUUCGAUACGGAUCAGUGGGGCCACGUGGAGGAAAUCCAGCUCGUGAACGAUGGAUCCGGAUUGGGCUUCGGCAUCGUGGGCGGGAGGACGGCCGGGGUGGUGGUCCGGACGCUCAUCCCCAACAGCGUGGCUGCCAAGGAUGGGCGUCUCCGCACAGGUGACCACAUCCUGCGCAUCGGGGCGACGCCCACUAGCGGCCUCACAAGCGACCAGGUCGUCAACGUGCUGCAGGGCUGUGGGAGUCAUGUGACGUUGCUCAUCUCCAGGGAUCCACAGGGUCAAAAGUCAACAGCCUCGCCUCCUCCACCCCCUCCUGCCUCGGCCCCGGUCUCCUCCUUACCCCCACGCCCCCCUGGCAUACCCCCCCAACGCCGGCUCAGCAAGACGGUGAGCAGUCCAAAGAACCAUCACCCUAACCUGGAGGGGUAUGAAAUCCAUGAGGUUCCCCUAACCAAGAAUGACGGCCAAAGCCUCGGAAUCUCCAUCAUCGGCUACAACACCCUGACCAGCCAAGACGCAGUUGGUGUUUUUGUGAAACAUGUGGUUCCUGGUAGUGCUGCAGAUCAAAGCGGAAACAUCCAAGUCCACGACCGCCUGCUCGCUUUGAAUGGCGUCAGUCUCCAUGGUAUGAACAAUCAGGAAGUUCUGGAGGUGAUGAAGGAGACGGGUCAAACUGUGCUGCUCAGUGUGGUCAGGAAGAAACCCAGAACCCUGGAGAGAUCCCUGGAUAAAGUUGAGAGGGAGUCGUCUCAUGUGUUUCUGAGGAGAUCGUUGGAGGUCAAUGCUCGCUCGUCUGGGUUUGGCUUUACAGCACCAAAUGUGGAAAGAUCGUACCCAAACACAACACAACAAACAAGGG